AUGGCUGACGUAAACAUUGGGGAUUCUGUUCGAAUUGACGGCAACGGUAGGGGCACAGUACAAGAACUUGUUCCAAUGGGAUUUGCAACAUUUUAUAGAGUUUUAAUCGAGGGAAGUGAUAUUGAGGUUGACUUGCCAGGUGAUCGGUUAGAGCCAAUACCCCAGACUAUGACUCAGUCGUCCUCGCUACCACAAAAGCAGACGACACCCAACCAAACUCAAAGGUUUGUUCCGGUCCAACAAACGGAAAUUGGGUCAUUCAUUGAACAACAAUCAAAUAAGAACACUCUACUGAAAACGUGGAAUGACAUGAAAGUAUUGAAAGCCUUUUUCGAAACUCCAGAAAUCAACGAAUCCCGAAGUAUUCAAAACAUACCCCCUCCCGAAUUAUCUCCGUUGCUUUCCCAAUUUUUCAUGAGUGUCCGAAAAGUGGACGGUUCUGAAUAUGAACCAAACAGUCUCAGAUCUAUGAUGUCAAGCUUUGAUCGCCAGCUACGCCGAUUUAAUUAUGGUCAUGCUAUUAUUACUAGUCCCCUGUUUGCCCAGGUUAGAGAAGUGUUGAAAAGUAAACAAAAACAGUUAAAACGCGAUGGAAAAGGUAACCUUGACAACCGUAGUGAUGCUAUCAGCGACGAGGAGAUCGACGUUUUGUGGAGAAAAGGUCAAUUUGGAACUCAAAACCCUGACGCUAUUUUACAGACACUUUGGUUUUUCAAUACAGUACAUUUUGGUUUACGGGGAUCAGCGGAGCAUCGCGAUAUGUGCUGGGGGGACGUUACACUACAAAACCACACUGACGGACAUGAAUAUCUAGAGUUUACGGAAAGACAAACAAAAACCAGGACAGGGGAGAACACCCGUGAUGUACGCAAAGUAAAACCAAAAUUGUGGGCAAACACUGAAAAUCCCGAAAGGUGUCCUGUUCAUGUUUACAAAUGCUAUGCAGAUAUGAGACCUACGACUUACUGUAAAGGAUCAGAUCCAUUUUAUAUAGCUACUACAACAAAAAGCUCACCUGGAAGUCAUGAGACUUGGUUCAAGCGCCAACCCGUUGGUAUCAACAAGCUAAAAUCCAUGAUGCAACGUGCCAUAAAGGGAGCAGGAAUCCAAACUGACAAACACUUGUCAAAUCACAGUGCGAGGAAAUAUCUUGUCCAGAAAUUGAACGAUAAUAACAUCCCCGCUAACCAUAUAAUGCAAAUUUCUGGUCACCGAAACAUUUCUUCUAUUAAUAAUUAUUCACACAUCAACACGAAUCAACACAAAGAAAUCUCCAAAAUACUGCACGGAAAUCCAACAGCACCUGAGACCGGAUGCAACACAACAUCACUGACACAACAAUCAAUGGCGUGUAACCAGUCAACUUCCUCUGUUGUCAGGGUCCAGGGCGGUUUCCAAAGUAUCUUUUCAGGUGCUGUCACAGGAGGAAACAUACAAGUUCAUGUUUACCAAGGACCUCCUCUGAAAAAACGCGCCCGUGUUAUAGAAAGUGACAGUGAUUCUCAGUAG